UCGUUGCAUCAGUUGGUCUUAAAGAACUUGUUAAAGAUAAUCAACCUUGAACUAAUUAUCCAACAGGAGAAUCUCAUACAGUUUUUUUUAGCUUCAUUUAUUAUCCAUCUCCCAAAAAGACACAAUUCUGUAUCAUUAAUCAUACUAUACGUGUAGCCAAAUGGCAUAACCACAAAUGUUGAUACACUUAUCAAAAACCACUCCUCUCAGUCUUUGAAAAUGAGGUCCAGUAAAAUAUUAAACCUAUUAGAUAUUCCACUAAUAUGAAAACCACUAAGAUUUUGGAUUGAUUUGCUCUUUGAAAAAAUUUAUUUGAUUAAAAUCUGACGUGUUGUUUCUGAAAUGUUCAUAGCAGCCUGGCGGCUGUCAUUGCACUGUACUUUUUGUAGUUGUUAAUAAAGUUUAAAAAAGUCCUGAUAUGGCCCACUUCCUGCUUCUAAUCUCGUGAAAUAUUGUAUCGCGACAGUUGUGCUGUUAGCGGCAGAUAGCAUGAAGCUAACGCUACAUAAUAGAUAAAUCGAGAUGAAUAGUGUAAAAUGAAAUAAUGAAUAAAUGGUGGAUCGAUAUUGGAUACAUAGCGGAUCAAUAAUAGAUGAAUAGAGGAUACAUGAUACAUGAUUAAUAAUCCUGGCGUCAUGUUUCUGGCACGGUCUGGUUUUAACUCCUUAUAUGGGCCACUUCCUCCUUCUAGUCUCGUGAAGUCUCGCCAUGUCUCGUUGUAUCGCCUUAGUUGUCAGCAGAUAGCAGGAAGCUAAGGCUAACGCUAACGGUCGGAGCUCCUCUGGGACCGUCCGCGGAGUAUUUACCGGCACCGGGCGACGGUUACGGGAAUGGAGCGGAACACAUUUAACCGAUCUCCCGCGGAGGACGGUGAGCUCGAGGACGGAGAGAUCUGCGACGAUGAGACCGAGGAGAGUGUCCCGAUGCGGCGGGGGUAUAGUAGCAGGCCCCGCGGUGGCGGCGGCGGCGGCGGCGGCGCUGCUCCUCCACGGAGACGUAAACCGCACCAACGCCCGGGGAACAUGCCUCCACGUCCGGGCAACAUGCCUCCUCGUCCGGGCAACAUGCCACCACACCCGGGCAACAUGGGCAACAUGCCUCCACACCCGGGCAACAUGCCUCCACACCCGGGGAACCAGGCGCCAGGCUUCCGCCUCUUAAUGCCCUACGGUCUCGGUUCGUUCCCCCCGAGCCACCGGCAACAGUGCGGGCCGAGCGGACCGGACCGGCCUCCCUCUCCCCCUCCCCUGCCUCCGCCGCCGGGCCUGGGGCCCCACGGAGAGCCGAGCCCCCGGUCCAGCUUCUGGGAGCGCAGCCACGGCGCCCUGGGCCGGUUCCGGCACCGGGUCAUGCCGAACGGCGGACGCGGGGCCUGGGGGCGAGGAGGCCGAGGAGGAAACAGCAGAGGUCCCCCCGGUCGGUACGGUCCGGGAGAGAGUCACGGAUCCCCGCUGAGAAAACAGAAGCCUCUGGGGAGGCCUCGGAUCAGGAAAGUGUCCCACAGUGUCUCCAAACCAGACUCCAGUAUGGAUGAGUCCUUCGAGGACCUUCUGUCCAAGUACAAGCUGAUCCAGCAGGAGCUGGAGUGCAUCAGGAAGGAGGAGACCAUGGCUCUGGAGCCCACGGCGUCUCCUGGCCAGGAGGAGGAGGCGGUGGAGGAAGGCAGACCGUCGGCCCAUCCGAGUCCAGCGGGACCGGAGGAGACGUCAGAGAUGGAGAAGGCCGAGAGGAAAGUGUUCCAGGCGUUCAACAUCAAACCGCUCCGUCAGAAACUCCCCACGCCGGCCGAUCUGGACAAGCUGGACAGGAAGAGGACGGAGGAGGAGGAGGAGUCUGGACCCAGAGACGAAGGAGCAGAAGAAGAAGCUGAGGAGAGGACAUGUUUGUGCUGCGGUGGAGGAGGAGGUGGAGAACCAGGAGGUGCUGAGGAGAAGACAUGUUUGUGCUCCACAGAGAAGCCUCCUCCUCAGAGAUCAGAGUCCUCAGCAUCCAGCGAGGACUCCAUCACGUCUCCUGACAAGCCGGUCCAGAAGGUGGAAGAGGAGGAGCUGUCGGAGCUCCAGCUGCGCCUCCUCGCUCUGCAGUCGGCCAGUAAGAAGUGGCAGCAGAAGGAGCAGCAGGUGAUGAAGAGGAGCAAAGACCGGAUCACUAAAGCCACCCAGGACAAGAACCUGGGCCCCAGUCCUGGAGCUGCUCCGCCCAGACCCAGAGUCUCCACCAGGUCCACCACCUCUGCUGCUGCUGCUGCUGCUGCUGCUGCUGCUGCUGCCGCUGCUGAGAGGACCAGAACCAAGGCUAAACCUCUAGACCGGGACAGAGACCGGACCGGCACUGGGCCCAGACCACCUGACCGAGACCGGGAGAGACUUCUGGAGAGAGACAGACCCAAACCUGGACCUAAACCAGGACCCAAACCGGGACCCAAACCACUGGAGAGGGGAUGGACUCCAGGAAAACUCCAUGCGACCAAGAAGAUGAUCAGUCCAGGCUCCGUGGCGAAGCAGGCGUUCAGGAAGCAGCAGCUCAGGACCUGGAAGCUGCAGCAGCAGAGGGAGCAGGAGGAGCAGGAGCAGGAGGAGGAGGCGGAGCGACGCCACCGGGAGGAAGAGAUCCGACGAAUCAGAGACCUGUCCAACCAGGACGAGCAGUACAACCGCUUCAUGAAGCUGGUGGGAGGCAAGAAGAGGACACGCAGCAAGUCUAGGGAUGGGGACCACAGGAAGUCUGCAGGUAACCAGGAAGUCUCUGGGAACCUGUACCAGUACGACAACUAUGACGAGGUUGCCAUGGAUACGGACAGCGAGACCAGCUCACCAGCUCCGUCACCAACUCACCUGCUGCCUCACCUGUACGGGUCGGACCCCCCCGCCUUCGGAAUGGAUUUCUCUCAGCCUUACCUCCCCCCUGUUCUUUCUGGGGCUCCUCCCCCUCUUCCCCCUCUCCCACCUCCCCCCGAUGAGCCGGAGCCCCCCCCAAAACCUCCAUUUGCUGAUGAGGAGGAGGAGGAGGAGAUGCUGCUGAGGGAGACCUGCCUGAUGUCCAUGGUCAGCAAGAGGGUGUCAGCCACAGAGACCUCCAGCGGUCCUCCGUCUCCGAGCUGUCCUCGUCUCUCAGACGUCCAACCGCCAACCAGAGGGAACUUGAGCACCGUGAGUCUGAACACCGUGUCCCGGACCAAGUUCACCAGAGGACAUCACCCGACCAGAGCCCCACUGGUGCUGCCAAGACACAAAUCGGUGGUGGUGUCCCUCAUCGAUUCAGAGGACAGUGACUCGGAUGUGGACGCCUGUAGCUCGUCUCAGACAGUGUUUGGAGGUCUGGAGUUCAUGAUCAAGGAGGCGCGGAGGACCGUGGAGGCAGCGAAGCCCAAAGCAGCUUCAGGAUGUGAGAAGGAGAACAACCCGGUUAGAACUCCAGAGGCUCUACCUGAAGACCAGAAGGCCGAGUACCGCCUACUCAAAGGAGAAAUAGCCAGCAGGGAGAAGCAGAGGAUGCUGAAGGAUCUGGGUCCUCGUGGUUCUGGAUCUCCUGGUUCUGAUUCUUCCCUGAAGACGGCUGCAGAGCUGAAGCUGAACGAAGCCGAGCAGAGACUCAACAAACACAGAGAGCUGCUGCAGAGAGACGAGGUCGUCCUCAGACACCUUCUCCAACAGGAGCUCAAGAAAACCGAGUCUCUGAAGGCGGCCGAGGCCAAAGUGUCCAAACUGAGAGAGCAGCUGGCAGCGUCGGAGAAGAUCGUCACUGCCAACAGGACGCUGCUGAGGAAGCUGCAGGAGCAGGUGCAUCGGGUCGAGCAUCGAGUCUCCAUCAAGAAGAGUCUGGCUGCCCGUCUGGAGCAGGACCUGGUCCAGGCCCAGCUGGCUGCAGGCAGAACCCCAAAACGGCCGGCAGGCUCCAGCCAGAACCAGCCCAGGAAGCUGCAGCGUCUGGAGGCGGCUCCUCGAGGCUCCGAGCGGAACCUGGUCCAGCUCAUGGCCCAGAAGCAGCGACUGCAGCAGCUGGAGUCGGAGUACGCCCAAAAGAUCCAGAAGCUGAAGGAGGCUCAGGCUCAACACAAGCCUCCACGAGCCUCCACCCCCACAGAACCCCCGCCCCCCCAGCCCCACCCCCCCAGCCCCUUCCCCCUGCCACAGCCUUCCCUGCACGACCUCACCCAGGACAAGCUGGCCCUGGACAGCGAGGACGUCCCAGAGGCCGACGACCAAGAACCAGAACCAGAACCUGCAUCUGGAUCCAGAGACCGCCGGCCAUCCCUCCGUCAGUCCAGCUGCGCCUUCACCAAACCGAACCUGGACACGGCAGCUUCUGGUCCACCCAAAGACGGCACUGCCAAGCCGACCAAGACCUCCUCCAGCUCGGAGCCGCUGGCAGAGAUUUGUGGUGGACUGGACGUGGACGCUCUGAGGAGGGGGUACCAGCAGCAGGGGGGGCUGAGAGACCUGGUGCUGAAGGAGCUGCAGGAGCUGGGCCAGGACGUAGACGAAAUCCCCACAGGACAGGUCCUUCCAGAUGAGCUGGAGACGGCAGCCAGCCAAUCAGGAGCCUCCGAGCUGAAGCCGGUUCCCUUUGGAGCCUAUCACAGUCCUCUGCUGGUGUUCAGGUCCUACAGGUUCAGUCCGUACUACAGGACCAAGGAGAAGCUGUCCCUCAGCUCAGUGACCUACAGCAACGCCGUCCACGCAAAGACGUCUUUCUGCCGCUUCGACCUGACGGGGACCUGCAACGACGACGGCUGCAGAUGGCAGCACAUGAGGAACUGCACUUUGACUGGAAACCAGCUGUUCCAGGACAUUCUGUCCUACGACCUGUCACUGAUCGGUUGCUCGGACGCCAGCUCAGAUGAGGACGUUUCUGCAGCCACAGAGAAGUACAUGAAGAAGCUGUUUGGCUCCAACAAAGACCGGAUGGGUGUAGACCAGAAAGCCGUGCUGCUCGUUAGCAAAGUCAACGAGAGCAGACGUCACGUUCCCCCCUUCACCACCUGGAAGGACGAAAGGAGGUGGAGACCGAAGCCGAGCGUCCAGAGCAGCCUCCACCUGGAGGACGAGAGCGGGGACGAAGCUGCAGCUGGACAUCCGACGCCUGACGGAGGAGACGGCUGCUCUCAGACCAGCCUGUCCUCUCUGGACGUGUGUGUCACGUCUGAGGACAGACGCUACUUCAUCAGCGAGACGGACGACAUAUCCAACCUGGAGACCAGUGUCCUGGAGAGUCCUGGAGACACUCAGCUGUGGAUCAAACUGGCCUUCAAAUACCUCAACCAGAACCAGACCUCUGCAGCUGAGUGCUUGGAGGCGUCUCUGAACACGUUGUCUCGAGCUCUGGAGAAUAACUGUGAGGACCCAGAGGUGUGGAGCCACUACCUGAGCUUGUUCUCCAGGAGAGGAACCAGGGAGGAGGUGCAGGAGAUGUGUGAGAUGGCUGUGGAGCACGCCCCCCACUACCGGGUCUGGUGGAAGUACCUGAGCCUGGAGACCUCAUUCGAGGGGAAGGACUACGUCUGCGGCCGCCUGCUGCGCUUCCUCUUGACCGAGGCGUCGUCCUUUGUCUCAGACAAACUUUCCUUCCAGCUGAUGGAGGCACUGCUCUACAGAGUCCAGCUCCACCUGUUCACGGGCCGCAUGGACGGAGCCCUGGCCGUCCUACAGGGCGCUCUCAAAUCUGCUGAAGAGCGCAGCAUCGCUGACCACAUGACGUCCGGCCACCGGGCGCUGCUCUGGCUCUCCUACAUCCACCUGACUGAGUUCCACCGGCUCCCGUCCAGCCUGUACGACCCGGCCCAGUCCGGUCCGGCCAGGCUGGUCAGCACUGAGUCCUUCCUGCUGCCCUGGAGGACGCCACAGGACGUCCACACGCCUGUCCACAUCCUGGACGCUCUGUUCCAAGACGCUGUCCAUCAGUGCAGAGACGAGUCCACAUCUGAAUGUGAGAGGACGAAGGCCUGUCUCCCCCUCUACUGCAACAUGAUGCUGCUCUACUCACUGGUCCAGAGGUAUGAUGAAGGAGUGUCUCUGGGUGAGUCUCUGCUCCGGUCGUGUCCCCAGUCGUGUCCCCUCAGAGACGCUGUGUCCGUCCUCCUCCUGCGUGGAGGAGACGUGGAGCGGUCCCUUGGUCUUUGGCUUCAGGCUUUGGACGAGUGUCCUCAGGAUGCAGAGGUCUUCUACCACUGCUGCAGGGUCCUCAUGGCUCAGGACAAGUCCAGCGUCAUGUCUCCUCUGUUCCGAAGCUUCGUCAUGUCUCUGUGUGAGGACGAUCACAGCCAGAAGACGCCCGUGGAUGUCCUGCGUCAGAUCCUGGGGUUUCCCUCUGAGGAGCUGAGGCGUCCCAUCGUCAGGAAGGAGCUGGAGGAGCAGCUGAGACAUCAGACGUCCUUCCUGCAUCUGGUCCACUGCCAGUGGCAGUGUGCCUUCGGGUCCUGGGGGGGGGCGGUGGAGGCCUUCGAGGCUGCUCUGGGAUCAGCUGUUCGUCUCCAGGAGCUGCACCAGCUCUGGAUGGACUACCUGGAGUUCAGCUGCACUCGGCUGAGCCGAGACCAGAACCGAGACCAGACCCGAGACCAGACCUCUCGGCCCAGACGCCUCUGGGACCUGGUCUAUCGCUGCCUCAGCACGGUCCCGUCUCGGCUGGAGGUUCCUUUCAACCCGGCAGAGUUCUGGAGCUGCUACCGCUUCCACAACAAGGUGGUGACUCUGUACCUGGGCCGUCUUCCACCUUCCCAGCAUGCACUGGUCCUGGAGAGGCUGGUCUACACAAUGCCCCACAACACGGAGCUGGGCCUCAGGUUGCUGCGUACUGAGUUGCAGGAUGGGAACAUGGAGCUGGUGAAGUUUCAGGCCCGGAUGCUGAGAACCAACUCCCCGAAGUGUUUGGCUGCGUGGAAAAUAUCCAUCGCUGUGGACAGAGACAGGAAGGACCGGUCUGAGGUGCGCCGUCUCUACCAUCAGGCCGUCCACAACCUUCCUCUGUCUGCUGCCCUGUGGAAAGAUAGGCUGCUGUUCGAGGCUGUGGAGGGAGGGGUCCCCGAGCGUCUGCGGUGCCUGGUGGACGGCUGCCGGCAGGCGGGGGUCAGCGUGAGCCUCGGGGGGGUCGGCCCGUCGCUGCCUGAGGACCUGAUCAAACCAUAGAUAAAUAAUGAGAGGCUGUAGGUAAGGCAGAUGUCCCUCACCUCCCCCGCUCCUCCCCCAGGACAGCGUAACCCCCCCUCCCCCCCCCCAGGACAGCUCCUCCAGAGUUUGAGGAGCUGCUUGUGUCCGUAAGUAUCGACUGCUGAGUGACGCCUUUACUCUUCAUCACCUUCUCUUUAGUUCCUCUCACCUUUGUGUUGGAGUCAUUUCCCUCCCUUUUUACUUCAUUUACCUCGGGGUGGGGGGGCAGAGGGUAGGUGGGGGGGCAGCAGACAUGUCAUCGUGGUGUUUGACCCCCGUGUGUUUUAAAGGAUGUGUUUCCCUGCAGCGACGCUGCUACAUCUGCACGUUGUCUUUGUGUUUGAGGAGAGACUUUUAUUUUGGUAAAACUGAUUGGAGAGAAGAACUGAUGAUGGAUCAGCUGAUGGAUCAGCUGAUUGAUCAGGUGUUUUCUGUUUGUGUGAAUGUGAGAGACGCCUCAGAGACUGAUCCAGACGGACGCCUCGGCCAGGACUGUGCAAUCUGUUCCUCUGUCAAGAGUCACGCUUGUUUUUUACUGUCGGACCCAAAUGUUAUUAAAUUAUUUUAUCUAA